AUUUGAUUUGGUCAUAAAAAAAGAUUUGGUUUUUAGAGUAAAAGACAAACAAAUACAUCUCUAUCUCUCUCUUUCACUUCACGUCUACGAGGCAGUGUCGUCGUCGUCGACCUCUGGAUCUCAUCGGGGUUUCAUCAAUCUCCUCCGCUUCAUCCUCCGUCGAUCUAUUCACCGUGUAACGCACGUAGGUGUCUUGAGAUAUCGAUUUGAGAGACUCUACACGGUUAAAUUUACAACGCAUUCUCCGCCAGAAAAAAGAAAAAAAAGGAUCAUCAAUCAUGGCUGCUGUGGAUGUUCAUCGUUUCGCUGAGUCAAUCACUUGCCAUGCUUGGAGUCCUGAUCACUCCAUGGUUGCUCUGUGUCCUAACAAUACUGAAGUUCAUAUCUAUAAAUCAUUAUCUCAAGACCAGUGGGAGAGGUUACAUGUCCUCCAAAAGCAUGACCAAAUUGUUUCUGGAAUAGAUUGGAGCUCAAAGUCCAACAAAAUCGUCACUGUUUCUCAUGACAGGAACUCGUACGUGUGGAGUCUCGAAGCUGGUGAAUGGGUACCAACUCUUGUUAUUCUUAGACUAAAUCGUGCUGCACUUUGUGUCCAAUGGAGUCCAAAAGAGAACAAGUUUGCUGUUGGAAGUGGUGCUAAAACAGUUUGUAUAUGCUAUUAUGAGCAAGAGAAUAACUGGUGGGUCAGUAAACUUAUUCGGAAAAGGCACGAAUCUUCAGUCACAUCUGUUGCUUGGCAUCCUAAUAAUAUUCUUCUGGCAACGACAUCUACAGAUGGAAAAUGUCGGGUAUUUUCAACAUUCAUCAAAGGAGUUGACACAAAGGAUUCAAAAGCAGCCUCACCAGCAGAAACCAAAUUUGGGGAGCAAAUCUUACAGCUUGAUCUCUCAUAUUCUUGGGCGUUUGGUGUGAAAUGGUCUCCUACAGGAAACACCUUAGCUUAUGUAGGUCAUAGCUCCAUGAUAUACUUUGUUGAUGAUGUUGGUCCUUCUCCUUUAGCCCAAAGCGUUGCAUUCCGAGAUUUGCCUCUUCGUGAUGUUCUGUUUAUUUCUGAGAAAAUGGUGAUAGGCGUUGGAUAUGACAGCAACCCAAUGGUAUUUGCCUCAGAUGAUACUGGAAUAUGGAGCUUUAUUAGAUACAUCGGAGAGAAGAAAGCUGCAUCUUCGAAUUCCAGUUACAGUUCGCAGUUUUCCGAAGCAUUUGGGAAAUUCUACGGUAGUCAAUCAAAGUCUGCAACAGCCAACGAUGCAUCUGAAUCACGUGGAGGCGUUCAUGAUAAUUGCAUAAAUUCCAUUGUGUCUCUGAGUAAAGCAGGGAGUCCCAAAGUAAUGCGAUUCAGCACUUCAGGAUUGGAUGGGAAAAUAGCGAUAUGGGAUCUGGAGAACAUGGAACAAGAACUUGGCAAUCAGGUUUAGUAAACCCAAAAAAAAAUAAGCAUAUCUGGAGCGUAAGCAAGGUUUUACUGAAUUUGUAUAUCAGAUUUUUUUUCCAACUUAAAGCCAGCCUUUUUAACCCUUUCCAAUUUCAUAAUUGUUUCACUUUGCAAACUACAACAAUAAAGUUGCAGUGUUAGUAGUUUUGAGCUAUGUUCUUCACCUUUGGAUCUUUGUAAUAUCUUGAAUGCUUUAUGACUUGAUUUAUUAUAGUCGAAAUGUGUAAUACCUGUCUUUAAGUA